GAAUGGAAUGGGCGCGUCCCAAAAUAGUUAGUUGGCAGCAACAUCGAUGUCUGUUUGUCCUAUUUGCCUCCUGGCAACAUAUCUUCGCCUGCUAGUUAACUAGUUAAAGGGGAACUCCACUCAAACUAUAUUUAGGGAUGUUUUUUUCAUCGUUAGUCCACUGUUGAUACAGUCCCGAAAUGUUUUGCAUGUCAGCAGUCAAGUUUUGAAGAUAUUGGACUUUCAAGAAGCAAAGUGUGUCACUGACCUCAUCACCAACUACGUUCAGCGCUAUUGGACUAUAGUCCGGGGGGGAUCCUGACACUCGUUCUGAACAUUAAAACACAUCUCUUGCUGUACGGUUUUGGAAACAUAGGAAGAGAUUUUUUUAUUUUUAUUACUACACACCUUUUUAUAGGAGGGUAGGAUUAGUGUUCCCACAACGGAAGACAGAGGCGGCCACCUGUGUUAAUUAGCUGUCUAGCGUGCUCUGAACAUCUCCGUGUAAGGCUAACUGUGGAGGAAGUGUAUGUAGUAAAUCAACUGGAGCCACACACAGAGUAUGGAUCUGUUCAAAACAGCUACAGCCAGUCUGUCUGUGUGGGGAUGGGGGGGUCUAGGAGUGGUGCUGUUCCUCAUCACUUUUGGACCCUUUGCUGUCUUCUACCUGGCCUUCUAUAUCUUCUGCUUCGUAGGAGGUGGCUUUGCGGUCACUCUGUUGUUUGGGAAAACCAACUCAGAGAGACAUCUAGAGAGGUGUGAACACUCCUAUCUUCCGGCCACACACACGGGUAUACUGAAGACAUUGGAUGAGAUGAGACUGGAGCCGAAGCCUAUACAGAUAGACAGGAGACUGACUGGGUCCAACUACAUAGACGAGCCUCUUCAACAGGUCAUCCAGUUUGCUUUGAGAGAUUAUAUCCAGUACUGGUAUUACACUCUGAGUGAGGAUGAUUCUUUUCUGCUGGAAAUCAGACAGACGGUCCAGAAUGCUCUGGUACAGUUCUCCACACGGUCUAAAGAGGUGGACUGGCAGCCUUAUUUGACCACCAGACUGGUGGAUGACUUUGCUACUCACCUUCGAGUCUUCAGAAAGGCCCAAGACAGACUGGAGGACAGUAAACAGAGGGACUUGUCGGAGGAGAUGGUGGAGUCAUUCUUUGAGGCGGAGGUGGAGAUGGAGAGGAACAUCUGUAGAGACGUGGUCUGCACCUCCCUGAAGGAUGAAGAAGGGUUCCUGAGGGAUCUGUGUGAGGUGCUGCUCUACCUGUUACUACCUCCUGGAGACUUCCACAACAAGAACAUGAGAUACUUCCUCAGGGAGAUUCUGGCGCGAGGCGUUCUCCUUCCCCUGGUCAACCAGCUGAGUGAUCCUGAUUACAUCAACCAGUUUGUUAUCUGGAUGAUCCGGGACUCGAGCUGUAACUACGAGGCUUUUAUGAACAUCUUGAAGCUGACAGACAGGGUGUCUGAACUGGAGGCUGUUAAAGACAAGGCCCUGGAGGAACUACAGUACCUACGAUCACUGGACACCGCAGGAGACGAUAUCAAUGUAAUAAAGAACCAGAUCAACAGUCUGAUGUUUGUGAAGAAGGUCUGUGAGACCAGGAUACAGAGGCUACAGUCUGGGAAGGAGGUGGAUGCUCUGAAACUAGCGGCAAACUUGGGCAAGCUGUGCAUCAUACCACUGGAGCACAUUCUGGUACACAACAUCGCCCUGCAGUUCUUUAUGGACUACAUGCUGGUGGCUGGGGCCCAGGCAGAGCUGUUCUUCUGGCUGACAGUGGAGGGCUACAGAGUAACAGCCCAGCAACAACUAGAGGUGAUGGAGGGAUGGCAGAAGGAUGGAAGGAAGGGAGGAGACACCAAAGGACUGCUGAAGGCUGCAGCACUAGGGGUGUAUGAACAGUACUUAUCUGAUAAGGCGUCCCCCAGGGUACAGGUAGAUGAGGCGUCUGUUCUCCAACUGGGAGAGAAGCUGCAGAAGGACAGCGACCCCACGCCAGAGAUAUUCGACGACAUCCAGACCAAGGUGUAUGACAUGAUGCUUCGUGAUGAGAGGUUCUACCCGUCGUUCAGACAGAGUCCUCUCUACAUCAGGAUGUUAGCUGAGCUGGACAUGCUCAAAGAACCCUCCUAUAGAGGAUCAGAUGACGGAGACGGAGAAUCGUUCAACGGUUCUCCAACAGGAAGCAUUAAUCUGUCUCUGGAUGACCUGUCGAACUCCUGCCAUGAUGACAAUAUACAGCUACACGCCUUCAUCUCUGAUACAGGGGUGUGUAACGACCACGGUAAGACCUACGCCCUCUACGCCGUCACUGUGUUGCGCCGUAACCACGACGGCAGCGAAGACUCCUGGAAGACCUACCGACGCUACUCUGACUUCCACGAUUUCCACAUGAGGAUCACGGAGCAGGUGAAGUUUGAGAAUGUGACGGCGAUCCUGAAGCUGCCAGGGAAGAAGACGUUCAACAACAUGGACAGAGACUUCCUGGAGAGGAGGAAAAAGGACCUGAACUCGUACCUACAGCUGCUGUUGAAUCCAGAGAUGAUGAAGGCCUGUCCUACUCUGGUUCACUACGUCUACGACUUCCUGGAGAAUAAACAGUACAGCAAGGGGAAGGGAGAUUUCGCUCGCAAGAUGGAUACGUUUGUGAACCCCCUGCGUAGCUCGAUGCGUAACGUGUCCAACGCUGUGAAGGGCCUGCCAGACAGUCUGGCUGGAGGGAUGAACAAGGCUGCUGACAACAUGGGACGCAUGUCAGAGAAACUGGGACAGGACAUAAAACAGGCCGUGUUCAAGGUGCCUCCAAUGCUCCCCAAGUCUGACUUUGACCCAGAGCACUGCCGAGUCUCGGCACAGCUGGACGACAACGUAGAUGAUAACAUCCCCCUGCGUGUGAUGCUGCUGUUGAUGGAUGAGGUGUUUGACCUGAAGGAGAGGAACCAGUGGCUCCGCAGGAACAUCAAGAACCUUCUGCAGCAACUCAUCAGAGCCACAUACGGAGACACUAUCAACAGGAAGAUCGUGGAUCAUGUGGACUUCAUGACAGCUCCAGAACAGGUGGCCGACUACGUCAAGAAGUUCCGGGAUUCGUACUGGCCCAACGGAAUCCUGGCCGAGUCUCCGCCACGCAGGGACAAGAACAUCCGCAUGAGGACGAGGGUCGCGGCCAAGACCAACCUAUUGGGAAUCAUGCCAGAUGAGUUGAAGCACAUCAUCGGGGCGGAUACGACUCGUAAGGGAAUCCUGCGUGUGUUUGACAUGUUCCAACACGGACCAAUGAAUCGUCGGCUGGUCUACGUGCUCCUAGAAGGCUUCCUGGAGACCCUGUUCCCUCACUACAAGUUCCCUGAGCUGUUUGUUAAACUCCACUCUCGCUCGCCGCGCACAGCCAGAUACACACAGAAAGUCAAGAGCACCUUCCCGAAGAGGUGACAGGAGACUGGAAGUGGGCAGGGUUACCGGGUGACACCCGGUGUAAGAGAAAAGAGGGAGGAGAGUUGUGGGGAGGGUGUGUGCUGUUGAGAAGAGGUUAACGUGUGUGUGUGUGUGUUCUGCCCUCGUUCGAAGGGAUUGUUGGGACCAUCCUAGUUGUUAACUCUGCCCUGCUCUCCACUUCCCCUACGUGCCUCACAAACACACUCCUGUAGCGUGGACAAACUGAUUUGGGUUUUAUUUGUUUUAUGCUAACUGUUUUAUUGUAGAUGUGCUGUCAGACUGGCACAGCUGCUCUGAUAUGCCCAGCAGGUGAUCUCACUUCCUGAUACCAGGCCACGUAUACAGAAAUAGAUUGAUAGGGGAGGGGGGAAUAUGGCGUAGAGGAUGCCAUGGUUUGUGAGACAGAAAGCGUCAACCACAUCUGGUUCUGCAAGGGGUUUGUUUGUCACGUUUUUGUUGUCUUUUUCUUCUUUUUUUCCCCGUGUCAAUAAUCCUCUAGAACACGAGGAGGCUGAGUUUGAUCUAAAGUCCACUCCCCCUUUUUAAUGCGCCUGUCAGUAGCCAUGACAACCACAGCUCUAACUGUUUUCGUUUGUUUGUUUACGGGGAUGAUGGACAGCUCUACUGUGCUUCAUGUUCAUGGAAAGCAGGAUAUGAACAGCUCCCCUGCCGGUGAGGCCUGGGUAAAUGUGAAACGGCCCGUUCUAAUGGACUGACACAGUCUCAUAGUAAUCCACUACAUUUUGGAAUGAGACAGAAUGAAAUGACAGGCUAGACUGUGAAUGUUGCUGUCUGUAGAGUAGAAUGUACUCACUGGGCGUGUGUGUGUUUGAGAAUGUGUGUGUGUUUGAGAAUGUGUGUGUGUAUGUUUGAGAGUGUGUGUGUGUGUUUGAGAGUGUGUGUGUGUGUGUUUGAGAAUGUGUGUGUGUUUGAGAAUGUGUGUGUGUUUGAGAAUGUGUGUGUGUUUUAGAAUGUGUGUGUGUUUUGAGAAUGUGUGUGUGUUUUGAGAAUGUGUGUGUGUUUGAGAGUGUGUGUGUGUGUUUGAGAGUGUGUGUGUGUGUUUGAGAGUGUGUGUGUGUGAGAGUGUGUGUGUGUGUGUGUGUGUGUGUGUGUGUGUGUGUGUGUGUGUGUGUGUGUGUGUGUGUGUGUGUGUUGGAGAGUGUGUGUGUGUGUGUGUUGGAGAGUGUGUGUGUGUGUGUGUGGAGAGUGUGUGUGUGUGUGUGUGUGUGUUGGAGAGUGUGUGUGUGUGUGUGUUGGAGAGUGUGUGUGUGUGUGGCAGUAAGAUGCAGCCCUCAACAGUCAGACACUGUGCCAGUGUGGGGCCCAUGCUAUAGUAUCAUACCACUAAGUAACAAAGAAAAAACACACUGAUAUCCCUGCUAUAUCACACUUUCAUUCAGAGAAAAUUUCAUUUUGUGCAAUAUUUUUAUUUGACGCCUGAGUUUUUGAAUAAUUGUAUAAAAAUGGAAAAUUAUACAGUUUUUGAAAAAUUGUAGAAAAGGUGAAAGAAUUCUUCCCCCCUUCCCAAAGAAAUUCUAACCCUACAUUCCGUUGUAAAAAAAAAAGAAAUCUACAUUUAAUUGCAAACUCGUUUUAUACGUCUUUUUUUAAUUAUUAUUUUACUCCUGAUGAAUGUGGUUUCCAUGCCGAUGUGUCAGCAAGAGUGAUCUAGCCAGUCGUGCUAAAGCCUCUGGAUAGAAAGCUAUAAUUCAUUGGUCUAGAGAUAUGGUGGAAGGGCUUAUUAUGCAUAUGAACCUGUUGAUUGGAGAGUGAACAGAAAUUAUUCACUGUUGUAUGAACCAAUGACAGGAGAGACUUUGGGUCAUCUGUCCAAUCAAAUCGCAGGAAAGCCAUGUUUCUGUAGAAUCACUGCUAAAUAACGCUUAAUACCGGAGUUCUUUCAUUCUCAGAACAGAGCUCCAAUUCCACUGCUGCCAUUGGAUGGAACUGUCCCUCUGCUGUGAUUGGCUGGCACUGAACAGCUCUAGACCGUGAUUGGCAGUGUGAGGACAUGAAUUCUGAGCUGUGUGACUUUUUAAAAGGAAGUGGAUAUUUGUUCGCGGACAGGGGAGGUGACAAGGGGAACCCCACAGGACUUCAUCUUUAAAGCCUCCAUUUGAGAUGUCUCAGCUAUUGAUGUCCACAGGGUUUACCCCGCGUCAAUGUUUUCCUGCGUUGGAUUAACCAUUAAAUGAACGGGGCACAGAAUCUAACAGAGGAACACAAUAUGAGACAACACUGCAAGCAUCAUGUACAUUUGAAUGAAGCGUUGCUAUGAAAAGCCGGGAUCUCCUAGUACAUUAUGAAUCUAUGAUAAUGAACCAUGUGCAUAUCUGUGUACAGUACGUGUCUAUAGUGUGCCUAAAUGUUCCGUUAACUCUAUUUUCAUAUUGUUCAUUAACAAAAGGUGAGGAUCAAAAAGAAUGUCAAGGUCAUUUUAGACUGGAGAACUCUAAAGACUCUGGAGCCAGAGAACUCUAAAGACUCUGGAGCCAGAGAACUCUAAAGACUCUGGAGCCAGAGAACUCUAAAGACUCUGGAGCCAGAGAACUCUAAAGACUCUGGAGCCAGAGAACUCUAAAGACUCUGGAGCCAGAGAACUCUAAAGACUCUGGAGCCAGAGAACUCUAAAGACUCUGGAGCCAGAGAACUCUAAAGACUCUGGAGCCAA